AUGUCCCGUCGCGAUGUUUGUCCAGACGCGAGGGGGUCUGGGCCCCAGGUCCGCGCCAUGUGGGCGCCGCCCCUGCUGCUGCUGCUGCUGCUGCUGGCGCGGGCCGCGUCUGCGGCGAGCGGCUGGCCGCUGCUGGAGGGCGAGGAGGUCGUCACGGCCAUCCCCCCGCCGACGGUCGCGGCGGCCCCGCCCCUGAGGGGCGGGCCUCUGGCAGCAGCGGGCGCCCGGACCGAGUCGGAGGCAGAGUGCAGCUGCACCGCCGACGAGGCCGGCGGCUGCGAGUGCGUCGGCGGUUGCAGCGAGGCCGUCAAGGAAGAGGUGUGCACAGAGAUCCUCGGGCCUUGCGGGUGCCAGCGCUCGGACGAGGCGGUUUGUGAGUGCGGAGGCCACUGCCACACCAGGCUGGACCGGGAGCAGGCGUGCCUCGACGAGGCAGGGUGCGAGUGGAACGGGCGCUUCUGUGAGGCCCAGACUGGCGUGUUGUGGGACUGA